UUUUCCUUUUCUAUUCCCACCACCAGAAUUACUAAUACCAGAGCAACCCUGUCUCUCACUCUCCAUCUCAAAGGAAAUCUCUUCGGAAAUUAUAACCUGUAAAUGGCUUUCUCAUCCUCCACUGUUACUUGCAAAAACCCUAAUUCUAAUCUCCUUCAAAAACCAUACCUUUCUUCUUCUUCUUCCUUUAAUCCUUUACGAGUUCAUUUCCAGAAAUUUCCUUUACCUUCUUCUUCUUCCAUUAAGAGUUCUUCAAUUUCUUGUGCAGUAACUGAAGAGAAAUCGAAAAUGUCGACUGUUUCGCAGAGACCUGAUUCUUUUGGUAGGUUUGGGAAAUUUGGGGGAAAAUAUGUUCCUGAAACACUAAUGUAUGCACUUACGGAGCUUGAAUCUGCGUUUCGGUCAUUGGCGGCAGACCAAGAUUUUCAGGAAGAAUUGAGUGGGAUUUUGAAGGAUUAUGUUGGUAGGGAGACACCUCUUUACUUUGCAGAGAGGUUAACGGAACAUUAUAAAUCUGCUAAUGGUGAAGGACCUCAUAUAUAUCUUAAAAGGGAAGAUCUUAACCAUACUGGUGCUCACAAAAUCAACAAUGCUGUUGCCCAAGCUUUACUUGCAAAACGAUUGGGGAAAAAACGGAUUAUAGCUGAGACUGGAGCUGGUCAACAUGGGGUUGCUACUGCAACUGUAUGUGCUAGGUUUGGUCUUGAGUGCAUUAUAUAUAUGGGUGCUAUGGAUAUGGAGAGACAAGCCCUUAAUGUGUUCAGGAUGAGGCUUCUUGGAGCUGAGGUCAGACCAGUCCACUCUGGAACAGCAACUCUGAAAGAUGCUACUUCAGAGGCUAUCAGAGACUGGGUGACUAAUGUGGAGUCCACCCAUUAUAUUUUGGGAUCUGUUGCUGGACCACAUCCAUAUCCUAUGAUGGUGAGAGAGUUCCAUGCUGUGAUAGGUAAAGAAACAAGGAAGCAGGCAAUGGAGAAAUGGGGUGGAAUACCAGAUGUUUUAGUUGCUUGUGUGGGUGGAGGUUCUAAUGCAAUGGGACUCUUCCAUGAGUUUGUUGAUGACAAAGAAGUUAGGUUGAUUGGUGUAGAAGCUGCUGGUUUUGGCUUAGAUAGUGGUAAGCAUGCCGCAACUUUAACAAAAGGUGAAGUAGGGGUUCUGCAUGGAGCUAUGAGUUACUUACUGCAGGAUGAUGACGGUCAAAUAAUUGAGCCUCAUUCAAUUAGUGCCGGCUUGGAUUAUCCUGGUGUGGGACCGGAGCACAGCUUUCUGAAAGAUCUAGGCCGGGCUGAAUACUAUAGCAUCACUGACGAAGAGGCACUGGAAGCGUUCAAGAGAGUAUCCCGACUUGAAGGCAUUAUCCCAGCUUUAGAGACAUCCCAUGCCCUUGCUUAUUUGGAAAAGCUUUGCCCAACUCUUCCAGAUGGAACUAAAGUGGUUGUCAACUUCAGUGGGAGAGGUGAUAAAGAUGUCCAUACAGCCAUUAAGCAUUUGAAGCUUUGAAGGGUCCAUAACUUUAUGAGUAAUAAAGCAGAAAGGCUUGUACAAGAAUUUGCUUUUCUCAUGUAAUGGAAGUUCUGGUUGCUUUUUUACCAUCAUUUUUCACGCAUAUAAGUGUCAGACAGAUCUUAGUGAUCAAUAUAAUCCUAUCGACGGCCAUUUCAGAUAUAGAUAUGGCUCACGUGGUCAUGAAUUUCAGAUCACUUGCAAAAAAA